CUCCUCAUUGACAAAGAAGCACAUCCUUCUUUGCAACAGAAUGGUGUGGACUACGACUGCAGUCGUGUGGCUCAUGGCCGGAGUGUGUCUGGUGGCGGUGGCCUCUGCUACUACCUACGAGGGAGAGUUUGAAGGAGACGGCGGUGUUCUGGUGGGCAAGGACGAGUUGCAGGCUGCGGGGGAAGGCAGACGAGCGAGCAGAAUGAGCUUAACAUGGCGAAUGAUGACGGCGUCCAUGUGUGUGUCAAGAACUUGUACUAUCCGGAUGGAAGUGCUUACUUUCCUGUGAGCAAGCUCGAGGCGCCCGGAAACGAGCCGUACACUCUCAUCGGCGUGUUCGACGAUCCCGACGUGUACGACUUUAGGGUCAAUCUCUGCGAGUCUGUCGAGUGCGGAGACAAGGGCUCGCACUUUUCAGGCUGCCAGAACUAUACCGACAGCAGAACCCACUACCGCGGCCUGGGCGAUGUGGACACCAUCACCUGGUCCACUGUCGUUCCGGAUCAGGGGACCGGCUUUACCGUCUCGUUUUCAGACGGAACGCCGUGCAGCAGCGAGGACGCGGCUGGCAACGCCAUUCUCCGCUCCAUGCGUAUCUUUGCCAUUUGCUCGCCGGGUGACACCACGCCGCGGCUUGAGUUCAUUGGCGAGACCGGAUACUGUGAGUACGACUUUAAUCUGUUUGCUGCCGAGGGCCCGUGUCCGAUUGCGGUGGGCGAGCCGACGACGCCGCAGCCGUGCCACAGCGACUCGCCGCUGGUGGUCACCUCGGGUGCACCGGGCGCAGCCGACGACUUUUACUACCCGGUGUGGGAGCUGGAGCAGAGCCUGGCGUCGCCGCUCACGGUCCAAACCGACAUUCUCGGCGUCCAUUUCGACUUUGAGAUCAACAUGUGCGGGACUGUCUCGUGUCCCGAGUCUGGGCUGGCGGCGCCUGCCGGAUGCGCACACCCAGGUAACGGCCCAAUGUUUGCGCUCGGUGCGCUCGAGACUGUGGCAGUUGAGCCGUACCCUGUCGCCUCGACGAUGGUGGCCGGCGAGACGGUCGACGUGAUGGACGGGUUCAAGCUCACGUACACUGGUGGCGAGGCGUGCGACGCGGGCAACCCGGGAACCAAGAGCCAGCUGGAGGUGUAUGCGGUGUGCGACUCGCUGAUGCGCGACGUGGACCCGCCGCGGGUGGUGUUUGGCGACCAGAGCAGCGCGUGCAAGUUUGAGUUUCUCGUCUACUCGCACCUGGCGUGCCCGCUGCCUGUCGACGGUGGGAGCGGCGCGGUGCCGAUGUACGACAGCUGCCCCGAAAUCAUCUCGACCGGCAAGGGCCACCACUACGACCUGGUCCCGCUUCGCGCCGAGGUCGAGCAGCCGUACGUGGUGACCGACACGCGAUUUUCGAUGGAGCGGCAGUACCGGUUCAACCUCUGCGGCGCUGCACAGUGCUCGUACCAGGACUGCGGCGAUGACAAGUGCUACAAGGUCGAGUCGUCGCUGGUGCCCGAGUCGAGGGCCUCAUCGUGCGUGAUGUGGCAGGCGGCGACGGGUGAGGUCCACGGCAUCAUCUCUGGUCGGAUGGACAUGUCGUACGGUGCUGCGGCCAAGCCGGACCUCUCGGGCUUUACGCUCGAGUACAUUGGUGGUGACCCGUGCGAGUCGGAUGAAGAGCGCAACGUGCCGGCCAUGGAGCGCGGGCGGCGGACAAUCAUUCACGGCGUGUGCGACCCGAAUGCUCACUCGACAGUGGUCGAGUUUGUGUCGGAGAGCUACGCGCCGUGCGUGACGGUCAUCAAGGUGACGUCGGCCAAGGCGUGCCCCAUCGCGGACCGUCCGCGGGUGGCGACGACGUGCGCACAGCGGGUGCUCUUUUCCAACACUGUUGGCAAGGCGUACAACUUCCACAACAUGGACAAGGACUCGGCCAUCACGGUCGACGUCACGUUCGACGGUGUGGACCACGAGUAUACGUUCUCGUUCUGCGACAGUCUGGCAUGCCCUGGUGCCCAGCGGUUCGGUGACGGGCAGCCAACGUUCUGCCACUCGUACACGAGCGCGUCGAACCCGUCGACACCACAGGUCGAAGUCCUUGGCACAAUCGACUCGACGACCUUCCUCACCCACGCCGACGACUCUGGCUACACGGUGGUGUACUCGGCACCGGAGCCGGCAAGCGGCGCGGUGACCUCGGCUAGCGGCGCCGUUGUCCACGUCCACUGCGACGCGACGGCUGACCGCCCGGUUGCAACGCUCGUCGGUGUCUCAGCCUCGGGCAUUCUCGAGCUCAUGGUUCGGGCCAACGAGGAGUACGGCGGGUGCGCUUCGGAUUUUGCCGGCUCGUCGGGCGGCUCUUCGUCAAGCUCGCCGUACACUGCCGGGAGCAAGCACUCGUCGACCUCGUCGUUCACAACCGUCUUUGUUAUCAUUGUCGUCAUCGCCAUGGUCGGCUGCCUUGGCGUCGUCGCGCUCAAGAUGUACGUCUCGGCUCACCCCGAGUCGUCGCUGCCAGACCCGACGGCGCCGUGCGCCAAGCUGCCGUGCGCCAAUGAGGAGUCGAACAUUAUCGGCGGCAUGAUGGCGCCGGUCUCGCGGAUGGGUGGUGGCGAAGUCAUCAACAUCAACAACGACGCCGAGUUUGUCGCAUCGGACCGCUCGUCCGGGUCGGCAGUCUCUGAGGAGGGAGCUCCCGACAGCGUCGACGAUGCUGCUGGUUCCCGCUCUGCCUCGGGCGACGACAACGCGGUGUAGUCUGUUUUUUAACCCGUAAACAAGGAGUCGAUCACA